AUGCUGACCAUGGCCCCCAAGAGCGAUCCGCACCGGCACUUUGCGCCGGAUCGCCAGCAGCUGUUCGGUUACGGCGAUGUGGGCAGCAUGGCGCAGCAUCUCGAGCCUCGGACGGCGCCGACGGUGCACUACUCGCAGCAGUUCCAAGCGCACGAGCAGCAUCGCGGCGCCGGCUCGGGCUUCGCUUCCACCUCGCUGCCCGGGACGAUGACAGCACCGUCCGACUACGGCCUCUUCCAGAGCAGCGAGACGGCAGGCUUCCAGGGCCCCUGCCGGUGCUACGACAGCGGGCUGCGCUUCUGCACUUGCCGCAACGUCGACGCCAUCGUCAAAGCGGAGCCUUCUGAGCCACAGGCGGCCCGGCGCCAGCCGCAACCACCGCGUCAGCCACAGCCACAGCCAAAUCCAAGGCCACUUUUGGCGCAGCACCAAGGACCAGCGGGCGCGCCGAUGCCAUCUCCCUCACAGCCCCUUGUGGCAACGACUGGGACCGCUUUCGAUCUCACGGACGGUGCUCUGGCGACGGCAUCGCCCGCACCGCCGCAAUCGCGCCUCUUUGUCCACCUCGGCCCGCCGUCAUCGGAGGCCGCCUCUGGCGCCACAACAGAGAGCUCGCAGUCGCAACCGUACUCGCUCGCCUACCCAUCGGCCUUCGCUGCCAGCAGCGGCGCGUCUCAGUACGCCUCCCAUGCUUUCUCGACGGGCGAUCAGCUGGGCUCCGUUAGCCCGUGGACUCGCGUCGGUCUCGGCCCGUCUUCAUUGAGCGGCAUCGGCCUGGUGAGCCCAGCGUCAGUCGGAGAUGUCUCUCAACCGAGUCCCUCCUUUGGCGCGCUGGCGGCUUCCCCGGCGACGACGGUCGACACCUCGUACGAUGGUCGCCAGAACGACGGCCUCCGCGAGUACGGCACGCCCGCGCAGACGCCCUGGUCGUCUGACCGGAGGUCGUCCAUCGCCGCAUUCACAGGCACAUCGCAGACAAUGGCGAUGGACCACAGGACCAUGCAGAGUCCCGGCGGGCCCUUGGGCGAGGCUGCAGCACGGAGAGGUAGCGUGCCAAUUAUCCGCUCCUCGCCCUACGGCCUUGCCAGCAUCGAGAUGGAGGGCAGGGGCUCUUCUCACCCGGCAGAGGACGUCAUGGCCGAGCAGGUGCUCCUCUCUAUCCCUGAUCUGACCCCUUCAGUCACUGCCAAGUCAGACGGCAGCAGCGCGCCGCACACUGGUGGUCUCGCAUCCUGGAACCAGACGCGACCCUCGGCCACCCCCACCUCGUCCACCUUCCACGUGCCUUCGUUGGUCUCCAGCUCGCACCAGUCGCCAGGACAGAAAGGGAUCGGAUCGACCUUGGAUGCGUCUGUCUUGGCUGCGGCGGGCCCUGCGACGCACGCCGACGCGCCUUCGCUCCUCUUUAGCUCCGAGCCGUACUCGGUGCCUCUCACUGCGGGCGGGCCUUCACGUACCGGCACUCACACCUUCAAGCUUCACCUCGACAGCCAGCGCCAGAGGCGUCGGACCGUCGCUCAGCCAGAUGGGUCCUUCACUAGCUCCCUCGUCGACUACCGCUACCCGCCGGUGGAUGCCGGCGGUCCGUCCCCAGUUGGCCAUGGCGGCGGCAGCGGCCACGACAGCUUCAACUUGCUGGCCAGUGGCCUCUCUGGCGCCUACGACCUCGAUCUCGCAGGGCACCGAGCCCCCUCCUCGACCAGCGGCGCUGCUGCGGGCACAUCAACGACCACCGGCCAGCAAGCGGGCUUUGGCUCCAUGAUGAUGGCUGAAUCGUCGGCGAUGCCUUCGAACGCCUCUCUGAGGAGCGCAGCGGCGGCGGCACCGGCCCCAUCCGCGGGAUCCAGGACUUCGUCGUCGUACGCCACCGACGAGGCCAGGUGGGCGGCGAUGCUGGCGCGCUCGCACGCGGCCGACCGGCACUUUCUCUACGGCGCCCUGACGACCAAGAUUGUGUGCAAGCCGUCGUGCGCGUCGAAGCGGCCGGACCGCAACCGGGUGCGCUUCUUUGCCAACCCGGGCGCCGCGGCGGCGGCCAUCAGCGCCGGCUACCGGCCGUGCAAGCGGUGCAAGCCGCACGUGGCGGGCACGUCGGACCAGUGCGUGCUGGCCGUGGGCGAGUGCGUGCGCCACAUCACCCAGUUUGCGGCGGUGGCGAGCGUCGGCGGCCACGGCGACGUCAAGCGACACACGCUCAAGGAAUAUGCGGCCAUGGCGCGGCUGAGCCCGUUCCACUUCCACCGGACGUUCAAGGCGGUGAGCUCGGUGACGCCGGGCGAGUACGCCAAGGCGUGCCACACGCUGGCGCUGCAGGAUGCGCUGGGCAUCGACGGCCACGGUCGCCGCGAGGGGCUGGAUGCGGCGUCGAUCAACCUGGCGCUCUCGAGCUGGUCGGUGCGGCGCGCGCGCCGGGCCGUGGGCGGCGUCUCGCCCAGCGUGUACGCCACGGGCUGCUCGGAGCUGAGCAUGUUCCGCACCUCUGUUGACACGAGCUUUGGUCAGGUGGCCAUCGCCUUUACUGAGCCGCUCUCUGACAGCGACAAGAUUGCCUCGCGCGUGUACGCCACGCUGCUGGGCGACGACGCCGAGGAGCGCAUGCGGCGGCGGUUCCCCUACGCCAACGACCGGCCGGACCGCGAGGCGUGGUUGGCGUCAAUCGUCGAGGACCUGGCCUCGGCCAGCGACCGCGAGGUGCAGCUGCCCGAGGAUGUGCACCACAGCGUGCGGCGGGCGCGCAUCUGGAUCGCCGUGACGCGCAGCCUGGCCAAGGUCGGCUCUGGCUCCGAGCUGGGCGAUGACGACGACGAGGAUGGGCCGGCGUAG